AUGACGACUGGUCAUGUGGUUGGCGGUUCGUAUCAUUCUCGUGCAAGCUUGUCCACCUCGGGACCGACGCCGUCCAGCUACGAGUCGAACUUGAGAUCGGCUCAGGUUCGCUCAACGCAGAGCCGCCAGCAACGCCUGCAACAAUUAACGACUCAACUGCUGUGGCGCCUGCAACAGUCGUCACCGUUUCAUUCGUCUACAACUUCCAACCUUGUGUUGCCCGUUCUUCCGGAGGCAACUCCUCAGCUUGGUACCCCGCAGAAACCGGCUCGUUUAAUUCCUGGCUUGGAGGAGAGUCAGGGGGCUUUGUAUGAGAUUGGCGUGGCCGACGAUGGGACCUUCGUUGGACUAACGCAGGAUGAGCUAGACGAGAGUUUGACCAAUCUGCAGGUCAUGGCGGCCAGUUUGGGUUGCAAGGUCGAGAUUCUUCGCAGAGUCAUCGUCGGCAAAUGUGAAUGGGCCGAAUGGCCGGAAGACACAAGUGCUGAAGCAGCCGAUACUGGCAGAGUCCAUACAGAAAGCCUCUGGGUUGCUGAGGCCCUGGUCAGUCCCGAUUUGGAGUACUACGGCUUGAUAUCGCAUCGUGACGAAUUCGAUGGGGAGACUACCUCGUGCGAUACCCAAACGAGAUCUAUCCGCGAGGACAACCAUUCCACAACCGAACAGAUUCGGAUCUCAAUUACUGGCCCGAGUGCAGCCGGCAAGUCAUCUCUGUUGGGUACUCUGACAUCAUCUAUACUCGACAAUGGACGAGGGGCAAGUCGAUUGAGCCUUCUCAAACAUCGCCACGAGAUUUCGUCCGGAAUCACUAGCUCUGUUGCCCAGGAACUUAUAGGCUAUGCGACUGGAGAGUCAACUAAUGAUCCUGUUGACGUGAUCAACUAUGCGGCCGGAAAUGUUGCAGCUUGGGACGACAUUCAUGCCACGGCGAAGGAUAGUCGUCUGGCAUUUGUGUCAGAUCUCCCUGGCUCUGUACGCUACCUCAAGUCUACUUUGAGAGGAUUAAUCAGUUGGGCACCUCACUACGUGUUGCUCUGUAUCCCGGCCAACUGUGACGAAGAAAUGGUCCCGGAAUCUGUUGGUGGCACUGCAGAACAGAUAGCAGAAAUCAAUCUGGCUCUGUCACACUUGGAUCUCUGCAUCAAGUUGGGGAUACCCACCGUGGUAGUGAUCACCAAGAUGGAUGUUGCAUCUCGAGCAGGCCUGCGGGGCAAUCUCACGAAAGUCUUGUCAGCGCUGAAGCUGGCGGGCAAAAAGCCGGCUAUGUUGCCUGUGCAAUCCGCAACCGGUGAACAGGACGUGGACCUCCAACACAUCUGCUGGACUGAUGCAGAUGAAGUCAAGAAAGUCAUUGAUGCAGCGAAUAAUGACUGGUCAUCGACAGUUCCCAUCGUUCUCACGAGCGCUGUCAGCGGUACAGGCGUAGGAAAGCUGCAUGCCUUUCUCCGAUAUCUUCCUAUCCCUCAAAGGCCGUCUUUAAGGAGCAUCGUUCUAGACGAGACACCGUCAGAUACGGAUAUUCCCGCUAAUUUGUUCGACAUCGAUGAAGUGUUUACCAUUCCCCCAUCCAAAGUCUACUCUACGUCGAUGGAGCAGAACGCAAGGGAGAAUCAGGGCGUUGUUCUAUGUGGAUUGGUUCGUCACGGGUCUAUCUCGGUUGGAGACGAACUCUUGGUUGGACCGCUACUGGUCAAUCCACAGGCCGAGCCUGAGAAUCUCUUGUCAGCCCCAAGAAGUCAAUCAGGGCGAAGCAGACCGCCAUCGGAGUUUUCUACGUCUUUUUCACAAGGAUUCCUGUCCGGAAAAGCGACUUUCCCCGCUCAAGCAAUCUGGCAACGCGUGCGAGUCGUUAGUGUUCGGAACCUCCGGUUACCGGUGCGAACUCUCAUUCAAGAUCAAGUCGGCACGAUCGGUAUUGAGCUCCUUCCAACCCAAAACGAGCAAACCCCGCGUUUGGGAAAGGUACGAAAAGGGGCCGUCCUAGCCGACUUUGCGCCCAGCGGUUCGCCCGCAAAACCCUCGCUUUUCCACACUGGAUUUGUUGCUAGCUUCCCCGCCAGCGAGUUCACGUCGUCCGUGUCUCCGCCUCUACUGCUAGGUGGCAACGCUAUUGCGUAUGUUUCCAAUAUUCGCGCUACGGUGAAGGUGACUUGUGUUACUCUUGCGGAGGAUGAGAUUAUCUCUUCUCCCCCAUCGCCUACGGAACCGGACUUCUUCAGCUUUGACAGUGAUGUCGUUGAUCGUGGGAAGGGUCAUGCAUCAGAAGUGAAUAAUGUGGUCAAUUCGGCCAAGAAUACAAGUCAUGGGGAUGUCAAAAUCUCAUUCUCCUUUGUUACGUCGGUUGAAUGGGUUGAGGUCGGCUCUCGUGUACUUGUUGUACCUGGGACUACUACAGCGUUGUCCCCUGCGCAAGGCUUCGCACCACCUUUAGGGCUUGGGGGCUUUGUCGGCAGAGUCUGCAAUGUCGUAUCUUCGGAACUACAGGAGAGUAAAUGA